AUGGACAACGCGACGUUAGACAACCAUUUAAGAUUGUUUUAUGCCGAGGUCAAAAACCAAGAUGGGGACGACUACAGCAAGUCGACUCUACUCGGUCUAAGGUAUGGUUUGGAAAGAUAUCUAAACUCUCCACCACACAACAAAGGUAUCACAAUAUCUGGAAACCCAGAAUUUAAGAAGUCAAAUGUUGUCCUCAACACCAAACUAAAAUCCCUGAAGCAAGGCGGCAAGGAAAAUGUACAACACAAACCUCCGCUCGAGCCAGAAGAUCUCCAAAAGCUGAAAAUCAGUGUAUUUGCAGUGUAUUUGAUUGUUCAAGUCCCCUUGGGUUGCUGUGAAACGUGUGGUUCAGUACGGUGUUGUUUUGGUGUCGUCGUGGUCGUGAAGGUCAACGAAACCUAA